AUAUCCCCUGUGGCGAUACCCAUUGUUGAGCGUGUUCAUCUUCGAAUAAGAGGAAGAAAAAUAGGUAGAAGAAGAAGAAGAAGAAGUAGCAAAAACCAUGAGAAUCGUUCGCAAAGACCUUGUACCCAAUGGACCUGGAAGCGUUAAGAUGGUGCCAGUGGAUCCAGAUGAUUUAUGGUUUGCAUAUAACUUGAUAGCUCCUGGAGAUUCAGUCAUGGCUGUUACCAUCAGGAAGGUUCUUAGAGAAGCUGCUAAUGGUGGAAGAGAUGCAGAAAGAGUGAAGUUGAAAUUGGAAGUUAAAGUUGAACAGGUUGCUGAUUAUGAUAAAGAAGGUUCUCUUUUGCGUGUUCGCGGAAAGAAUGUUUUAGAGAAUGAACAUGUCAAGAUUGGAGCAUUCCAUACUUUAGAACUCGAGCUACAGCGACCUUUUGUGCUCAGAAAGGAUGUCUGGGAUUCUCUGGCUCUGGAGGUACUCAAGCAGGCUUCUGAUCCUGGUGCAAGUGCUGAUCUAGCUGUUGUUUUGAUGCAAGAAGGAUUAGCUCAUAUCCUCCUUGUUGGUAGAAGUAUGACUAUUACUCGUUCGCGGAUCGAAAGUUCAAUUCCUCGUAAGCAUGGGCCUGCUAUAGCUGGUUAUGAGAAAGCUUUGAAUAAGUUCUUUGAGAAUGUACUGCAGGCUUUCUUGAAACAUGUGGAUUUCAACGUCGUUCGUUGUGCUGUAAUUGCAAGUCCAGGAUUUACGAAAGAUCAGUUUCAUCGUCACUUAUUUUUGGAGGCAGAAAGAAGACAGCUGCGAACUAUUAUUGAAAACAAGUCACGCAUCCUUCUUGUGCACACGACCUCAGGAUACAAGCAUAGUUUAAGAGAGGUUCUGGAUGCUCCAAAUGUCAUGAAUUUGAUAAAAGAUACAAAGGCAGCGCAAGAGGUUCGAGUUCUGCAGGACUUCUACAACAUGCUUUCAAAUGAUUCAGCACGUGCUUGUUAUGGAAUGAAACAUGUUGAGGUUGCUAAUGAACGACUAGCUGUGCAGACUCUUCUAAUUACAGAUGAACUUUUCAGGAAUUCGGAUAUAGCAGCAAGGAAAAAGUUUGUUAACUUGGUCAAUUCAAUUAAGGAUUCAGGAGGCACCGUCCACGUAUUUUCAUCCAUGCAUGUCUCUGGAGAACAGCUAGCACAGAUAAGUGGCAUUGCUGCAAUUCUUCGGUUUCCUCUCCCUGAUCUUGAAGACAUUGAGAUGUGAUGCACAUUGUUGGUCAAGCUCAAGCAUGUUGGUGUUGGCCACUCAUCUUUAUUUUUAUUUUAUACUUGUAUUAAAUAGGGUUUAAAUUAUAACACACCCUGACCCUGAGAACCAGGGACUUGUAUUAUAUUUUUUUGGUGUUAGGGACUUGUAUUAUAUAAACCAGGCAAUGCCGAUCAAUAGUGCAAGCUAUUUAAUGCCGAGUGUGUCUAUGUUUUGGGGUGAA